AUGGAUUGCAAAGUUUAUCUGGCUGAAAAUGUGCUGAAUGAGCGACAGACUGUCACUUAUCGAUCACUGAGCCGUUCGCUCAAGGUCCACGCAAAUCGAGCUAAGCAGAUCUUGUACGAGUUUCAUCGAAAUGAAAAUGCCAAAAGACCACAGAGUGUCCACGCGACCUACCUUAUCUCCGGCAUUCAGAAGCCCGCGGAGGAGCCUCCAGCAACGAACGGCCACGCGAGCGACGAGGAUGAGGUCAUGCAGAGCAGUCCUUACCUUCCCAGCUCUAUGCCGAAUCAAGACAGUGCUUUGGAAUCGGUUCGAGUCGCCUCCAUCAUACUAGCGCGUGAGGAGGAUCUCGAAGCUGCCAAAACAACAUUUCAGUCUAUCUCAUCAAUCCACGUGUACAGUGUGCAACCAGCUCCCUUGCAAGAUCUCAAUACUUUGACUGCUGUGUGCCGAGAGUUGGCACUGGCGCAUAUUCAAGAUGAUCCCUUAGAAUGUGGACAGCAGUGGGGCAUGAUCCAAAACCGCAAUGUCAAGCGGAGAACCGGCCCUCGUCCUCCACCAGCCACUACGACGGUAUCUUCGGCCAAGCCCGAAUCGACGGUGCCGGCUAAGCGAUCCCUGCCGAGCAAGGAACCCGCAGUGAAGACAGAAAGCAAGCCAGAGGAGUCUCAACCGACAAGUGAUUCCCAAUCGUCUGUCAAAUCGUCCAGCAAACCUGUCGCUUCUAAACGUGGGAAGGGCAAUCUCUUUAGUUCCUUCGCAAAGACGAAGCCCCCCAAGCCCAAACAAGCUGAUUCGACUACGCAGAGCGAUGCCAAUGAUGCUAUGCUGGACGAUGCUUCCGAAGACGAACCCGAGGAGCUGUUCCCCGACAGCGGCGAGAAAGCGUCUGCAGCCAACCGUGAGACGAAGAAGGAACGCGAGGAGAAGCUAAAGAAGAUGAUGGAGGAAGAGGAUGCGGAUGACGAGGAAAUGGCCGAUGCCGACGAGGAGCCUCAACGAGAACCGACACCAGUCGAGCAGGCUCCACCACCUCCAUCAAAGCCGGCUGAACUGAAAGAGGAGGUUACAGUACAAGGCGGGCGCCGACGUGGCAGGCGGCAGGUAAUGAAGAAGAAGACAAUUAAGGAUGAAGAGGGUUAUCUAGGUCAGUACUUUCCCAUCGACACCGGUCGUAUCCUCGGGAGGAAUAUCAGCUCACGUUCCAUCGCAGUCACCCGCGAAGAAGCAACGUGGGAGUCUUUCUCCGAAGAUGAGCCGGCGCCGCCCCCAAAGAAACCUGCGGUCAACGUGGUUAAGGCCAAGGGUGGUAAGCCCACUGGCCAGGGCAACAUCAUGUCAUUCUUUGGAAAGAAGUAG